UCAAGCACGCCCAGCCACCAUGGACGCCUCCAAGAUGACCGGCGGCCCGAUCCCCACGCUCAUCGAGCUCGACCUCACCAAGCCCGCGGCGGGCCAGAAGAGCCUCAUGAACCGCUGGCACAACGACAUCCCCUUCGUGGCCUCGGUCAAGCCGGGCAGCAUCUUCAAGGUCGACUGCCUCGAGUGGACGGGAGGCCAAGUCAAGAACAACGACAACGCAGACGACCUGCGCGACAUCGACCUGACGAGCGUGCAUCAGCUGACGGGCCCCAUCGAGGUGCAGGGCGCCGAGCCGGGCGACAUGAUCGAGGUGAUCUUCCACGACGUCGCCUUCCACCCGGACGCGCCGUGGGGCUUCAGCGGUAUCUUUGAGCGCGAAAACGGCGGAGGCCUCUUUGCCGGCCCCGAGGACUUCAAGGAGUACCACGCAGCGAAGGCGAUCUGGGACCUGACUGGCGUCUACGCAACGUCGCGCCACAUCCCUGGCGUCCGUCUGGCUGGUGUGCCGCACCCCGGCCUGGUGGGCACGCUGCCCUCGGCUGAGCUGCUCGCAAAGUGGAACGAGAGAGAGUGCGGCCUGAUCGAGGCGUGCAAGGUCAACGGCGUCGAGAAGGUGCCCGCGGUGGCGCUGCCGCCCAACAAGCAGGGCGCCUACGUAGGCCAGGACCUGCCCGAGGCUGUGCGCGAGAAGAUCUACCGCGAAGGAGCCCGCACCAUCCCUGGCCGAGAGCAUGGCGGCAACUGCGACAUCAAGAACCUGUCGCGUGGCUCCAAGGCCUACCUGCCUGUCUUCCAGUCCGGCGCCGGCCUGGCAAUCGGCGACCUGCACUUCUCGCAGGGCGACGGCGAGCUUGCUUUCUGCGGCGCGAUCGAGAUGGCCGGCACCGUCACCAUGGAGAUCAACAUCCUGAAGAACGGCGUCGAGCUGCUCGGCAACGGCACGAUGCCGAUCUAUCUGCCCUCGCCCGUCGACCCGAUGUACAGCGACAAGAUCGUGUUCCAGGGCCUUGGAGUCGACAUGCACGGCGACGGACGCCAGAUGAACAUGUGCGCCACGACGGCGUACAAAGAAGCGGCAAAGAACUGCAUCAAGUUCCUGCAGGUGCUGGGCUACACUCGAGAGCAGGCCAUCUUGCUCCUGACUGCUGCGCCCGUCGAGUCGCACGUCGCCGCAAUUGUGGACUCUCCGAACGCCUGCGUCACGAUGGAGCUGCCCAAGGCAAUCUUCGACCGCGACCUCACCAUCACUGCCAAGGGCUUCGAGAAGCGCGACUACGGCCAGGCAGCCGUGCGCAGCGACGCCAAGGCGGGCAUGUACACCAAGUAGGCGCAGCAGACGAGGGCGAAUGCAUGAUCGGGAGAUCAAAUUGAGGUGUGCGCAUGCGACGAGGAACGCUAUGAGGAGUAAUAGAAACAUGAGGUGGCAUGCGACGAGGAACGCUAUGAGGAGUAAUAGAAACAUGAGGUGGGAAAUGUGACGGAGGAA